AUAACUCACCCACACAGUCAAGCGUCACCACCCGACCAGCCAACACUCAGCUCUUGUCAGUCGGCGCGAGUCACAACCCAGUGUCCAUUCUUACCACCAUCCACUCCUGCUAGCGUCCACUCCUACCAGCGUCCACACUUACCAGCGUCCACUCUUACCAGCGUCCACUCCUACCAGCGACCACUCCUUCUAGCGUAUAUAAAAGGACAAGUCACCAGCCAGCAUCCGUUCGUGCUAGCGUACAGUAUAUAAGAGAACGAGUCACUACCCAGCAUUCACUUCUACUAGCAUAUAUACACAGAACAAGUCACCAACCAGCGUUCAUUCCUGCUCGCGUUUAUACACACUGACGUAGCUCGCCCUCCAUACUCAAGCACCAUGCGUGAAGUCACCAUCGUGGUCACCAUCCUCACCAUCGUCACCUGUCCCCUCCUGGUGACCUCCAUGGCAGCCGGUCCAACCGUGUACUCGUGGGGGCAGGAGUUCUGUAAGUUAUCGCUGUGUAGCAUCAUGCCUAGUGAUCGCUGGCAGGCCUGUUGUGACGAUUACAGUCGAUGCUGUGCCUACCUCGAGUACGCCAAGCCCCAAGGGCCUUUCUCCUUCCGGGAACGAGAGCACACCAGUCAUGCCCUUGUUAGUCGACCUGAUCACCUUCCGAGAGCAGAGAAUGGCCACUCAAUAAGGUCUCAACCUCUGAAAGAUGAACCAUCAAUCCCCCGCGAGCCUACACCCCGGCCUACACCCCGGCCUACACCCGAGCCUACACCUGAGACUAUAUCUAACCAUAGACCCCAGGUUAUACGACAGCCACCGAGCUUCUCCCAGACCAGACCCCUACCAGCCCCCGUUGAGGCCCUGCCCAGCCCCGUCCAUCGGCCCUCGAAAUCCUACAAUGAAGUGAUCAGGAGGAAGGAGGAGCAGUACUGUAGGGCCAAGUUCUGUAGUCUACUUGAGGGAAACAAACAACAACGAUGCUGUGACCACUAUAAACAAUGUUGUGUUUACGCCAAUAUGCGCCGUAAUGAUGGAUCUUUCCACUACGAUAAGGACCCAUGGAAUUACUAGCCAGCCAGCCUUCCGUGUCGACUGUUCACCGCUGUUCACCCACCUGGCCUCUCUGCAACCAUCAACCGUCAUCCAGUCAGAAAGUCAUCAAAUCAACCAAUGAGCUUAAAGCCAUCACCCAUCAACCAAUGAGCUAAGAGUCAUCAGCUGUCAACCAAUUAGCUGAGAGUCAUCAGCCACUCAGUUUAGAACAACUAGCCAAUUAGCUUCAAGCCACCACCAGCUAACGACGAACUAGCUUAAAGUCAUCAGUCAGUCAGCUUAAAGCUACCAGUCAUCACCCAACCAAAGCACCAGCUAACCAAGAGCCAGUCAGCCAACCAUAUCUUGCAAGCAAACCAUUCCUCAGAUGCCUGGCUUAGCCCUCCCUUAGUCGCUUGGUUUGGCCUCCCCUAACCCGUCGAGUGUGCCCUCAACCAACACCCAGUAGGAAGCCAACAGGACGGGAGGAAAGAGGUCGAUGGACUGUUUCACAAUAGUUAAAUUCCCCGAGAGCUUCAUAAUGUUUGGAUUCAAUGUAUGAAAUGAAUCUAACGUUAGAAAUAUAUGAUUUUUUCUGUUCCAUAUGAAAGAAUCCCAAGUCACAAGCUAAUAUAUUUAAUCACUGGUGAAGGAUUUGAAAACAGAUGUUCAAACAGGUAUUCUUGGACCUGUUGAGCGUUAAUGUACAGUAGUAUAAGAAUGUAGACUAGUGUUCAGAGACAUAUUAAUUAUUUAAUUAAUUACAAGUAUCGACACCUACUAUAAAGGAGUGAAUUCAGGUCUGAGAAAUAUAUAUUUUUUCUGUUUUUGUGGAGAAUAAAUGGAUCAAGAAUGGUGAAAAAAUAGAGUAUAUUCUUUUUCGCAUUCACUGUCAACAUGAGGGUUGCUUGUCUGUCUGUCUGUCAUUUCCUGUUGCCCAAAGAUGUUUUCUGUUGCUGCGGCGGUCUGUUCGCUCCCUCAAGUUGUCUGUGUCUUAAUAUUAAAUAACACAACGCAUUCUCAGCCACAAGAUGUACGGACCAAUACGUCUUAUAUAUAGUACAAAAUAUAUGUUGUGCAUUGAGUAGAAACUGUUUUAUUUAUUCAUAAUAUUCAUAUUAAAUAAUUGUCGAAAAAGACAUUUAAAAGCUUUUCAUAAGUUUCUACCCUGUUGUCUGAUAGGUUAAAUGGUUUGUUUAUUUCCUAUGUCUAACCGAUCAUUUGGUGGCGACACAAAUAGUAACUUGUAUGUUUAUGUACAGACGCGUAUAUAAUCAAUCAGCAAGGAAGGAUACAGGUGCUUUGUGAUUUUAGCAAUAGUAAGUACAGUACCUGGUUUAUCCUGUAGCAAUAGUUAACUGUUGUGACGCCGGAAAUUGGAGUGUAAACUUAAAAAAAAUUAACAUGUCCGUCCAUUAAAAAACGACAACAGUUUAAAUGUCAACGAUUGGGUAUGAUUCGAAGGAGCUAAGCCUACUAAUAAUUUCUGGACAGAGCCUUAAUGAGCCACCAAAAUAGAAGCCGUUUAAUAACGUUAGUCAAUUUUAGUUUACUGUAUUUAGUUAAACUAGGUUUGGUUGGUCAGGGAAGACCCCACGAAGUCUUCCUCUAGAUUGUACACAGUCGAGGCUACUUACUUCAUGGACAUUAUACUGUUAUUAUAUAGUAAGUUUGCGC